CAGCGACAACAGACUACUGAUUUAACCAACGUGGUGGUUUGCUAGCGAACAUAAAACUGAAACAUUGAAUCUCUUUAGACCAAUCUUGUGUAUUUUACUCUUAGUGUUUUGAAUAUAAUUCUGUUUACUUAUCUACUAAUUCAUUUAAACGUAAUUUGCUUGUUAAAUUAGUAAAUGUGUUAAAUUGAUACAGCACUAGUCUAAUCGACCGGAGCAUGAGGUCACUAAACUAGACAGAGAAAGAAGCUCUGGUGAAAGGAGAGGAAGAAGUUUUCAGGAUGAAAAAGGAGGAAGAGGAGGCUAUCACAUUGAAAGAAGAAGAGGAUGAUAUUACAGUGAAAGGGGAAUAUGGGAAAGAGGUUGUCAAAGUGGAAGAGGGGGUAGAAGCUUUCAGAAUCAAAAAGGAGGAAGAUGCCAUGACAUUGAAAGAAGAGAAUGUAGUGAAAGAAGAGGAAGAACUUUUUAGAGCAAAAGAGGAAGAGGAGGCUAUCUCAAUUAAAGAGGAGGAAGACGUUUUGGAAGUGAAAAAGGAGGAGGCUGAAGAUCAGAUUACUACCAGAGAGAGACAUUACUUUCGUGGAUCCUUUGGGGAGCCUCAACAACAUCCUGAUGCUGACGAGACAGAGAAGAGUCUCUCCAGAUCAGAACACCAGAUGGACAACGCUAGCCCUUCCACCCUCUCGGAGUCCCCGUGUUGUGCCUCUCCCGGUAGCGCCUUACUGCUGGGUAUGAAGAGGUUGUCUGUGCUGCUGGUGGACUGCAGGAAAACAACGGGGCUGAGUGGAACUGUGAGAGGAGGAGAAGAGAAGAAAGGAUCAGAUUUGACUCAUCAAAACCCAACCCAUCUAUCUCUUGCAGUGGACUCUAGUCUCUCUCUCGGUCCGCUUCCUCUGUCAUGGUGUCUUCACUCGCCCAUUAUGCAGCUGGACCUCACUUCACGUGAGAACUAUGCACCCCCCAAGGAAAGACAUGACGAUCUUAACCCCUGCAGGAGAAAGACCAGACUCAGAGGAACCAGAGCCAGGGACAUCCAAACCAGCAAGACGACACCAGUGCUCCCAGUGUGGUAAGAGUUUUAACCAGAAAGGACACCUGAACCAACACGAGAGAAUACACACAGGGGAGAAGCCUUACCACUGCUCCCAAUGUGGAAAGUGUUAUAACCAGUUAGGGGACCUGAAACGACAUGAGGGAAGACACACAGGGGACAAGCCUUACCACUGCUCCCAGUGUGGAAAGAGUUUUACCCACUUAGGUAACCUGGGAAUACACACAGGGGAGAAGCCUUACCACUGCUCAAAGUGUGGCAAGUGUUUUAACCUGUUAAGAGCCCUGAAACGCAUGAGAGAAUACACACAGGGGUGUUCCCAUGGUAAAAAAAAGUUUUAAACAGAUAAGCUACUUGAAAAAACAUGAGAGAAUACACACAGGGUAAAAGUCUUACAAAUGCUCAGACUGUGGGAAGACAUAUUACUCAUCACAGUCACUUAAAAGUCACGUGAGAAUCCACACAGGAGAGAAUAAUUACUUAUCCUAGUGUUUAAAUUGAUAUUUCACAUCACAUUGACUUAAAAUUCAUCAGAGAACAUACACAGUGCUCCCGUUGUCUUAUAUUGUUGACUGAUAAUGUGUUUACCUGUUUAUACCAUAUGAAAUUGAAUUGUACAAAGUAUACUCAAACAUAUAUUUUUAUGUUUUUAUCAGAAAACAUGAAUUGAAUAUGGAGUAUGUCAGUUUGAAUAUAAAGUAGAUCAGAUUCCUUCUGUUUUAAAUGGUCCUUUUUUAAACUGUGUUUGUCAUUCCUCCAGCACUACAGAUAAUCAAGUGAUAUUUGGACGUGAUGCAUUUGUUCCAUUGUUUACAUUUGCAUUGUUGGCCCACUGAUGGUUUAAUGAAAUGAAAAUGUUCACAGACUGUAAUGGAAAUGUGUGUCCACAUAACUGAGUAUGUGACUAACCUUGUGAAACUGACCUAUUAUAAUCUCCUGUUCCUGGGAGUAUCAUCCUGCGUUGCAAACUAGCUUGGACCUGUGUCCUUGUAUGAAUGAAGUCGCUCCCAGGAACAGGAAACUAUAAAGAUAUGUGCUCAUCACCCAAUGCUUCACGAAUUCAGACUGUCUCCUCUACGCUGUGUAACUCUGUUAUUCUCUCUGAGCUCAGAAAUAAACAAUCUUGGUUUGA